AGAAUUUAGAAAAAAGAAAGGAAAAAAAUAAUAUACUAAGCAAAGCAGCUACAGAAAGGCCAAAGAAACUUCUUUUUCUGCUUCAUCAAAAACCAACUCUCCUCAGAGCCUAACCUGACUGCUUCUCACUCUCUCAUUCUCUCUUCUCACAUUAGCUUUCUUCUUCAUCUACUGCAGUUGUUGUUGUUGAUAUAUUUAAGGAAAGCAAGUUUUCAAAAGAGUUUGGUAUUUUAGAUGUCAACACCUUUAGAACAUGAUUACAUAGGCUUAUCAGAGACUUCUUCAGUGGAAAGAAGCUCUGAUAAGAUCCCUUCUUCUUCUUCCUCCUCCUCCUCUUCAACUCAUCCCAAUGAAGACAAAACCACCAGAACUAGUCUCAAUCUUAAAGGAACUGAGUUGAGACUUGGCUUGCCAGGUUCUCAGUCCCCUGAGAGAAAGGUCUCUCUUUUUUGCAAAGAUUUGGAGAGUAAUGAAAGAAGUAAUGGUUUUGCUGUAAGCCCUUUGAAGAACUUGAUGUCUGGAGCAAAAAGGGGUUUCUCAGAUGCCAUUGAUGGACCUAAUGGGAAAUGGGUUUUUCCCAUGAAUGGUAAAUGUGAUGUAGAGUUGGCUAAAGGUGCCAUCUUGGCCUCUCCUAGGGCUGUUUUGGAGGGUAAAAACAAACUACCUUCCGGGAGAGAGGUUGGUGGCCUUCCUCAGUCUCCAAAGCCAGUUCAAGACAAGAACAUUCUUGUUCCUUCUGCAAAUGAGCAUUCCAAUGCUCCUGCUUCAAAGGCACAGGUGGUAGGAUGGCCACCAAUACGGUCAUUCCGGAAGAAUACGAUGGCCUCAAAUUCGGCGAAAAACAGUGAGGAUGCCGCUGGUUGCCUCUAUGUAAAGGUGAGCAUGGAUGGUGCACCAUACCUGAGGAAGGUUGAUCUCAAGACCUACAAAACCUAUAAGGAAAUCUCAUCAGCUUUGGAGAAGAUGUUCACCUGUUUUACACUUGGGCACUGCAGCUCCAAUGGACUUGCUGUACGAGAUGGUCUGAGUGAGAGUCGUUUGAUGGAUCUUCUCCACGGAUCUGAGUACGUGCUGACUUAUGAAGACAAGGACGGCGAUUGGAUGCUGGUUGGAGAUGUUCCGUGGGAGAUGUUCAUCGAUACCUGUAAGAGACUACGGAUAGUGAAAGGUUCAGAGGCAAUUGGACUAGCUCCAAGAGCAAUGGAGAAAUGCAAGAACCAGAGUUAAUGCAAAAGCAUGUUGAAGGUGAUAAACAAAUCAAGUCUUGAAAACCAAGACAUUUAAGGAUAUGAUCAGUUUGAGUACCCUACUCAAGAAUUUAUAUAUAUGUGCUUUGAGAUAUGAUAAGUUUGGAGUAGUUUGUGGAAAUUUUUAGAAAAAGAAAGAAGUUUUAUAUUAGACAAAUGAAAUGAUGGCAUUGGAAACAUAUCCGCUUGUCCCUUUAUUUUAUUUCUUCAUUAAUGUAAAUUUGAGAACUGUGUAAA